GGGGAUACCUGCUUGCAGCAGUUAUGUCCAGUAAUUUAGCAUCUCUUACCGUUGGGCUCAUCUUUACAUGGACUUCUCCUAUGUUACCGAAAAUGAACAACAGUACAGGUACGUUAAACGAAAAUCCUUUCGAUAAACCUAUUACGGACGAAGAGCAGUCCUGGAUAGCAUCUCUUUCAUCCGCCGGAGCCAUUUUUGGACCAUUUGUUGCAGGAUUCCUUGUCGAUAGAAUUGGACGUAAAUGGACUUUAGUUUAUAUAUCUGGGAUUCCCAUGACAACAGCAUUUCUAAUGUUGGCAUUUGGUAAAUUGCCAGUUGUAUACUACGUGGCGAGGUUGAUCGGUGGUUUGGGUUUAGGGACAGUUUUCACUGCUUUACCUAUGUAUAUAGCAGAAGUUUCUGAAGCCUCAAUACGAGGAGCUCUGAUGUCGUUUUUUAAUAUUUUUGGAGUUAGUGGGCAACUAGUUUGUUAUGCGUUGGGACCUUAUAUACCAGUUAUGUGGUUCAGCAUAAUUUGCGCUACGUUUCCAGCUGCUUUCGUGAUGUUGUUCUCGUUCUUUCCGGACAGCCCUCACUAUUUUAUAUUGAAAAACAACAUUCCCGCUGCCAAAUCAUCCCUUGCAAAACUUAGGGGUACGAACAUAGGAGGAAUUGAAAAAGAAUUUGCAGUAAUUAAGGAGAAUGUGGAAAACGAUAUGAAUAGUAGAGGCUCGAUAAUUGAUGUAUUCAAAAGUCGUGCUUUGAGAAAGGGCCUGUUGAUAUGCUUGGGUCUCGUAAGCAUUGCGCAACUGUCAGGAUUUCCAAUUGUCUUAACAUAUGCGACUGAUGUUUUUAACGCUUCUGGAGGCUCAAUUAAUUCCAACAAUUCUUCCCUUAUAGUUGGCUUAGUCCAGUUCGCUACAGCUUUUACUACUCCUGCUUUGGUGGACCGAAAAGGAAGGAAAUUUUUGCUUUUGAUAUCAGCAAUAGGAAUGAUGAUAUCAAUAAUACCACUUGGGGUUUACUUCUAUUUAAAAGAAAAUGACCACGACGUGAGCAAUAUUGGGUGGUUACCUAUCGUUUGUAUGAUUGCUUACAUUAUCACAUAUAAUUUUGGUUUCGGCCCGAUACCCUUGGCGGUCAUGGGUGAGGUAUUCUCGGCUGAUACGAAGGCUGCUGCUUCUACCAUAACAGCAAGUUUUUGCUCGCUUAUUGCUUUCAUUGUCGUCAAACUUUUUGCUAACAUACAAAGCGCUGUUGGACUCGGUGUGACCUACUGGAUUUUUUCGGCCUUUUGUCUCUUAGGAGCGAUUUUUACCUUUUUCUUUAUGAUAGAAACGAAGGGAAAAACGUUUGCCGAAAUUCAAGAAGAAUUAAGCCGAUGAGACAAUUGUAACGGUCAUUUCUCCCAGCUCAGUUAUGGUAAUGCGCGCAGAGGGUUGAAACAAUAUAAAUUUUUCAAUGAGGUAGGUACAAAGAUGGAAAAGGACCCUUUCUGGAUCAAUACGAUAGGAUACGAUACGAUUCAAAUCGAAUGCAACAAGAUAUUUGCAGUGGCGUACACAAAAAUUACGUAAAAUGUUUUAUUAAACUGCUGUUUUUUUUACAUCACUAACAACAUUCAAUUUUGCUAAAAUCCUGGUAAUUAUCCAAUAUUGGGGCUCCAGACCAAAAUUGCUCCAAAUAUUUUUUUAUCAAUUUCACUUCACAAAUAAAAAAAAAUUUUUUUGAAUGAUAAUUUUUCAAAAUUCAAAUCACAGAUCUAAAUUGUAGGUACAGGAAGAGAUGAGUGAAAAAAUCAGGGGCCGAAGAGGGGGGGGGGGUGUUAAUUGGUA